GGCUGUCAUCGGUAAAUUAUUUAGUCGGCAUAAUUUUCGUUUAUCAGCUGUAAAACAUAAUAUUGUAAAAUAUAGUAAUACAGGAAUUAUUUCAAUUGUAAAUAAAAGAAACGGAGAUAAUAAUUAUAUCAAAGAAAUAAGAGCUAAAAACAACUGGCAAUCAUUUACCAAAAGAAAGUUGUAUACCUAUAACAGGAAUAUAGAAGCAAUGGCUUUAAGUCCUCUUGACCCUUCAUCAUAUUCUAGGCCUGAAUUAGCUGUUGUUAAGCAUGUGGAACUUUCACUUGAUGUUGAUUUUGAAAAUAAACAGUUAAGUGGCUUGGCAUUGUUGACUGUAAAUGCUAUUGAAGAUAUAAAUGAGUUGAUUCUGGACUCAAGUGAUCUAAAAAUAGAGGCAAUAGAGCUCGAGGAUGGAACGGCAUUGAAAUAUAAAUUAGAAGAACCUUUAGCUAACUAUGGAUCUAAAUUGAUAAUUACAUUUAACAAUAUAAUUGGAGCUGGCAAACAGGUUAAACUAAGGAUAAAGUACAAAACAUCUCCGUCAGCAACUGCUCUACAAUGGCUGGAACCAAAACAAACAUCGGGCAAGAAAUAUCCCUACAUGUUCAGUCAAUGUCAGCCGAUCCAUGCCCGCUCUAUCAUGCCGUGCCAAGAUUCGCCCGCAGUGAAGUUCACGUACACCGCCGAGGUGUCAGCUCCAGAAAACUUCUCUGUCCUGAUGAGUGCCAUCCGAGACGGCAGCAACAACACAAAGACCACGUUCAGACAGCCCGUGCCGAUACCUUCCUACUUGCUCGCCAUCGCCGUGGGGGUCCUGGAAUCCAGGGAGCUGGGUCCUCGGUCUCACGUUUGGGCUGAGAAGGAGGAAAUAGAGAGGAGUGCGUGGGAGUUUGCGGAUACAGAGAAGUACUUGCAGGCGGCUGAAGCUCUGUGUGGUCCGUACCAGUGGACGCAGUACGACCUGUUGGUGCUGCCUCCGUCCUUCCCCUACGGCGGUAUGGAGAACCCCUGUCUCACAUUCGUCACGCCCACUUUGUUGGCUGGCGAUAGAAGUCAGGCGGAUGUAAUAGUUCACGAGAUAAUGCACAGUUGGACUGGUAACCUCGUAACAAACAGAAACUUUGAACAUUUCUGGCUGAAUGAAGGGUUCACAGUAUUCCUCGAGAGGAAGGUCGGAGCUUCCUUGAUAAGUGAUAAAGAUGAAGCGAGGAAGAGUAGAGACUUCAACAGUCUACUGGGUCUGCAGGAGCUGACUGAAACUAUUAAAGACGACCUUGGGGUGAAGAAUCCUUUGACUCAGUUGGUGGUCAAUCUGAGCAACGUACAUCCGGAUGAUGCGUUCUCUACGGUGCCUUAUGAGAAGGGCUCGUUGUUUUUGAGAGUAUUGGAAGAUUCGCUCGGUGGGCCUGCUGUGUUCGACGACUUCAUGCGUUCGUAUCUGAACAAAUUCCAAAAGAAGUCGAUAGACACGGACCAGUUCAAGUCGUUCCUGUUUGAAUAUUUCAAGGACAGCGCUGACCUGACGAAAGCCUUGAACGACGUUGACUGGGCAACAUGGCUUCACAAACCUGGCAUGCCUCCAGUGAUUCCUGAAUACGACACUUCAAUGACGAAAGCCGUUAAGAACGUACUGCUCAAAAUUAAUUCAAGCGACGCUGAAUCACUAGACUACAAUGACGUCAGGACAUUCAGUCCGCAGCAACUGAUAAACCUUCUUCAGCACUUGAUCGACCAAGACGCCUUGCCGUUGGACAAAUUAAGAGCCCUUGGUGAAGCAUACAGAGUGUCUACCAGCAAGAACACAGAGAUAACGUACCGCUGGUUGAGGAUGUGUAUUAGAAGCAGGGACGAAACCAAACUGAAUGACUCGUUCGCGUUUGUGAACCAACAAGGUCGUAUGAAGUAUGUGAGACCAAUCUAUAGAGACUUGUAUGCUUGGGAAGACGUGAGGGAACGCACAAUUGAGAACUUCCUCAGAAAUGAGCCCUACAUGAUGCACGUUUCCGCGUACACUGUAAGAAAAGAUUUACAUCUAAAUGUGUGAUUUUAAUUUACCGUUAAGAAUUUGAGCGACGGUGCUGUAAGCGAACCAGUGGUUAUAUGUUAAUAACAUGUUAUUUUUGACAUAUUUUUAUCAUAAAUAUAUAUAUUACACUGUAUUGAUUAAUUAAUUUUAAAACAAA